AUGGCAGCACCACUUAUCCAGGCCACUGGGGGCAGAGUGGAGCAGAUGGAGCAGCAGAUGAUGCAGAUGACCUCCUCCUCUUCCUCCACCUCCUCCAAUCUCACCUCCUCCACAAGCUCCACCAGGCUGAGAAAAGUGUCCCAGGGUUUGUCAAGGACCAUGGAAGAGCACUCAGGGGUUCAGCAUGGGACCUCGGCCGAGGCGGAGUCCCUCAGCCAGAUGAAAGUUUCUCCAUCUCUGCUUCCAGAUCCAACGUUGGAUUUCAAAAAGACGCUGAAGAAACGCAGUGAGAAGAAAAGACAGGAGAAGAAGAAGCCGCCCACAGAGGAGGAGAUGUUAAAGAUCCUGGCUGCAGCUGACAAGAAGGACUACGAGCGGAUCUGCACAGAAUACGACUUCACCGACUACAGAGGCGUUCUUCAAAACCUGAAGGAGAAGAAGAGGAAAGUGGAGGUGGAGGUGGUGCGUGUGUUGAAGCCCCUGGAGGACGUCACCGCCAAACCUGACACCAACGCCAUCUUCGACACCAUCCUGGAGCUGAAAGAUCCAAACAUCAGGAUGCUGUGGCUUCUGGUGAAGUCCUACCUGCGGUAUUAUCUGCUGGGGCUCAAGAGGGGGAGCGGGUUGUCCACAAGGAUUCCCAUCAAGUGCUCCAGCCACCUGAAGAACGCCCGCGUGCAGGAGAGGGGCGAGGCCCACCUGGAGAGCGAGAUGAGCUCCAAGGACGUGCAUAGUCAGAUGCUCAGUGUGCCACCGGGGGGCCCCGUCGAGCCGUGUGUGGUCCUCGAUGAGGAGAAGGUGGACGGGGUGUGGCUGAAGGACGGAGUGGAGGUUUCAGAGGUGAGCGGGGUCAAGGUGGUCAAACAAGGAGCCGUCCACAAGCUGCUCUUCUCUGGAGUGACUCGCGUCCACAAGGGCAAGUACACCUUCAGAACCAAGGGGGGGGAGAGUGAGGCUGAGCUCAGCAUCGCAGACCCUCCAGAGAUUGAUUCUUCUGUGCCGGACCUGUUGGGGGCGCAACCCGUGACCGUGAAGGCCGGUCAGACAGCCCCCAUUAAGCCCAUCAGAGGCCAACCGCUGCCCAAGGUCACCUGGUACAGAGAUGGAGUGGAGGUCACGGAGGAUGAGAGAACCAAGACGGAGAGGACAGCUGACAGCACGUCCCUGCUGCUCAGCUGGAGGGUUGGCAGAUUAAAGGGAUAGUUCACCCAAAAAUAUCUGUUUAAACACUAACUACUGAAAAGUAAUGAUUUCAUCAAGUUUACACAUUCUCCAGGCCACCCAAACCCUCAAGGGACAGUGGAGUUCCUGGAGCUGUCAGGAAGGUGCGUCAGAAUGAAGUGGAAGGCUCCCCGGGACAAUGGGGGUAGGCAGGUGACCGGCUUUGUGAUCGAGCAGGGGGUGGCAGGGACGAAGUCGUGGGUCAGAGCUGGAGAAGUGGACAGCAGCACCACGGUGUUCAGCGAUGACAAGGUGGAGGAGGGAAGGGUGAACCAGUAUCGCAUCAGAGCCUUCAACACCGAGCGACCCUCUGGAGACAGAGCUACAGUAUCGCUCAACAAUAACCUCCUUCCUGAGAGGCAGAGCAAAAACACAAAGCCUCCUGCACCAAACGAGACGGGACACAAGCUGGUCUGA